AUGUCCCUCGCUACAUUGGAUGCGACGCAACAUCCAAACCUACCCAAGUCCUCUGUGACCUUGUUCGAAGCGAAGGCGCAAAAGAAGGUGUCUUUUGAGGCGAUUGGGAAGGAGCUUGGUCGAGACGAGGUCGCCGUGGCUGCUUUGUUCUACGGACAAGCAAAGGCGUCUCCAGAAGAUAUCAAGAAGCUGUCGGACUUUCUGGGUAUUGACCUUGCCACUCUCGAGACACAAUUAGGCGGAUUUCCCGACCGUGGGAGGAGCGUGCAGAUGCCUCCGAAGGACCCGCUGGUCUACCGCUUGUUCGAGAUUAUACAAAAUUACGGGUAUGCAUAUAAAGCGGUGCUGAACGAGAAAUUUGGCGACGGGAUCAUGAGCGCCAUUGCUUUCUCCACCCACGUCGAGAAAGAGGUCGACAAGGACGGCAUCACAUGGGCGAAAAUCACCCUUCGAGGCAAAUGGCUGCCAUUCACCCGAUUUUAG